AUGGGUAAAGCUCUAACCAAUGUUGAAGUUGCAAGCCGGCUCAUCAAAUGGGCGACCGAAUUAGGAGAAUAUAAUAUCGUGUAUCAACCUCGAACCGCUAUUAAGGCACAGGCCUUGGCUGAUUUCCUGACUGAGAUUCAUCAGCCUGACUCAGAGGAGACUUGGAGAGUAUAUGUAGAUGGAUCAGCUACACGUCAGGGGAGCGAUGUGGGAGUUCUUCUGAUAUCUCCUCAGGAAGAUGUUUUGCAGCUGGCCGUACAGCUAAACUUCAGAGCCACUAAUAAUGAAGUAGAAUAUGAAGCUUUAUUGGAGGCCUAUGAGAAAAUGAAGCAAGAAUUCAAGGAGGUCAUUAUAAGCAAGAUCCCCAUAUCUGAAAACGGUAAGGCUGAUGAGUUAUCCAAGAUGGACAGCUCCCUGACCACGUGGGUGUUGGAUAGGCCAACAACCCAGACCUUCUUAAUAGCCCAAAUAGAUCUGCAAAACAACAUGGAUGAGAUUAUUGACUGGCGGGCACCUAUGAUUAGUUAUCUUCAACAGGGCACCUUGCCCACAGAUCUGGAACAAGCGCGGCUAAUCAAGAAAAAGGUCCAUGCAUUCACCAUGGUAGGUGAUCAACUAUACAAGCGGGCAUUCUCUCGACCUUUACUCAAAUGUAUAAGUAUAGAAGAAGCUGAUCAGGUCUUGCGAGAGAUGCACUUAGGAUGCUGUGGCAGUCAUGCAGGAGGUCGAACUCUUGCUAAUAAAAUGCUGCUGGCCUGGUAUUUCUGGCUUACUCUGCAAAAAGAUGCUCACCAGUUGGGUAUGGAUAUUGUAGGACCUUUCUCUAUGGCACUUGGCCAAAGGAGAUUCCUGCUGAUAGCUGUAGACUACUUCUCGAAAUUUGGUAUACCCCACAAAUUGGUAUCAGAUAACAGGAGACAGUUUCAGGGUCGGAGGAUCCAGGCCUGGUGUCUGGGAUUUGGCAUCAUACAGGCCUUCACCUCCGUAGCUUAUCCUCAAAGUAAUAGGCAGACCGAGGUGAUCUAUCGAGAAAUUGUACGAGGACUUAAAGUAAAGCUGGAUAAUGCUGGAGGAGAUUGGGUAGACGAGCUAUAA